CAGUUUUGAUUUCGGGACUCACUCAUUGCUGCGCGGAAAGACGCAGAUACCAGAAAUCCCACGAGCGCGAGAGUGACUAGCGGGUAUAAGAGGAGCGUGUCGAGGCGCGCUGCUAGGUUUGACGCUGUAGCAGGCAGAUGUGUGCAAUUGGUUAGAAGGACCGACAGAACAAUUGACUGCAGAUCUGAUCAAUCAGCUGCACGAAAAGUAUGGUUGAAGAGAAGGAAAAUGUGAUAGCGUGAGAAGGCGCAGCAACUUCGUGAGUGAAAGCGUUUGCUGAUGACGGAAGAGAUGGCUGGGAGCUCUGCAAGCUUGCUGCGUCGGCACAUCGCCAAUCAGCACUGCCCCAUGGCCAAGUUUGACCCAGCGCACCACCGCGGGAGAUGCAGCUCCACCUGCCCCUGGCGCCGUUGCAGAACAGCGGGUAAUGGUCUGAAGACAUUUACUCAACAAACGAAGCAUUGCGCACUUGGCUAUCAUGAGCGCAAGCAUUUGCGCUGCUCGUCGUGUUGCUUGUCCGGACAUCAGCAACAAUGCGAUGUGCCGCUUGGACACACGAAGCGCGCAGCAACGUCAUCAUUGCCAAGACGUUCGCUGGCCUCGAAGCGGGCCCAAUUUCCUCGUCGAUCAUCGAAUGCACGGCCCCACGAGAAACCGCCAGCGAAACCACCAACCACCGUGAAACAACUGAAUCGUGCAAGGCAAAUGCCUCACCCGGCAGGCACCGACGCCAAGCUUGAUGAUUCUCCGAGACGAUUGAACACGGCGACUAUGUUGAAUACACUGCCCCCUUCGUGCCACCCAACAUCGGGAUUGGCCUGAAGUAUUUUCCAUCUCGCAGCGUACACAUGGUCCUGCAAGGGACUGCUCGGUGCUCGUGGUGGGCGUGGCCUGUGAAGAAUGCCCGAGACCUGGUCUGCGGCCAGAUCAGAUGUGGCUGACGGUGAGUAUACCAAGACGGUUCCGCUUGGU